AUGGCCUCCUAUCCUACCAAACGGAAGCCAUUCAGCGCUUCCGGUCCUCAGGGAGCUACUGGAGCCGCUAGAAAGCGUGCGAAAACCUUUGACGCACGUACCCUGGCUGUGCAGUCCACCGACGCCGCGCUCUCUGCAACAGGCGAGCUCGAUGUCGCCGCAUACGCCGCCGCCCGGGCGUUCGAGAUUCAGGCCUUGGAGGAGGGAAUGCAGCGAUCGAAAAAUGCCCUGACGACACGCGCGUUUCAGAAGGUGCCUCGCUCGCUGCGGCGGCGGACGGCGAGUCACAAUGUGAAACGAGUGCCACGAAGAUUGCGGGCGCGGGCACAGCGAGAGAUGGUCGAAGAUAAUACGCCUACGGUCACUGCACGGCGUCGCAAACCAAGCCAGAUGAUGCGCAUUCGCCUCGAAGCCGCUCGACGCCUACAGAACCUCAAUGCCAAAUCUAAGAACCGACGUUUAGCAGCAAGGAUCAAACGAGAUAAACAGAACGAAGCUACUGCAAAGGAAGAAGGAAGCCAUACUUUCAACAUUGCGCCCCGAGUACCAAAAAUCAAAAAAGGGAAGCUGUCACGCCCGCCGCCUGCAGACUCGAAGUAUCGCAAGCGCCAGCGAUGCAAGACUUGGCUCCCGACUCACAUGUUCCAUGCGAAACGCGCUCAUAUGGCCACCACCAAAGAUCCGAUCUGGCGAUUCGCAAUUCCUAUUUCGCCUACUGAGAAGAGUUAUCGGCCCACACAUCGAGCUCGCGGUGCCCGUGGCGCUGUGGCGUGGGAUAUGAGCUAUAUGUCUACCAUACAGCUAGAAGGACCGGAAGCUUGUAUUGAAGCUGUGCUGCGAGCGGUUGGUGUCAAUAGCGACGAGGCCUGGGGUGUGAAGGGGAAGAAGUGGAGGACUGGGACGAGGUCGUUGCAAGCUUGGGCAUUUGAAAAGGAUCAGCCUCCCAGACCCAUUGCGCCUAUCACGUUGAUCUGGUGUGUACAGCCCAAGGUUGAAGACGUUGAAAUGAUCGAUGCAGACAAAGCUUCUUCUACCGUGAAGAAACCACGACGAAAGCUCUUUAUCCGCAUCCAUCCAUCUGCAUUCUUGCAACUAUGGACAGAUCUGCUCGAGAUCUCGAAACAACAGAACCCGCCAGUCAUGGUUGAGGACUUGAGAUUCGAGAUUGGUAGCAUUGAAAUCACCGGCCCAGGGUCUACAGAGGCACUCUUGGCCACAUUGGAGCCUGUUUUGGGAUCAGACGGUCCCGCAGCACAGAGUCCAGAGGCUAUCUGGCUAUCUUUAAUCGGCGUAUCUAAUCCGGCAUCACUGCCACAGAAUGCCCUUCUGUCCUUCCCUGUGUCUGACCCUCGCCUCCAAUUCCCACCGCGGAGUCUCAAAGUUCCGGACAACGAGUCACACAUGAAUGACUUGGCUGCCACGCUCUCUACAUGGUCACCCGAUCAAACGCAGGGUCCAUCCUCUCUUUUCGACCGCCCAAGUCGCCUUGCAGCCAUUCGACAGCUUCCAAGUCAGAAGGCCAUAAACCGUCGCCGUGCGCUGGCCGGCCCCGGCAAAUAUCCUGCUGCACAACCCACCGACCCAAAAAUUCCGGUCAUGAUAAUUGCCAGUCGUCCACGGGCUCGGUCAAAACGGAAUACUGCUCCAGGAUCCUGGACGGUACUGUUGCCGUGGAAAUGUGUGGUUCCAGUAUGGUACUCGCUUAUGUUCUAUCCUCUUUCAAGCGGUGGAAAUCCUCGUUUUGGUGGCUUGAAGGAGCAGCAGCAGCUUACUUUCGAGGCGGGUGAGGGAUGGUUCCCAGGUGAUUUCCCUGGUACCCGUGCUGGCUGGGAGUGGAGUCAACGCGAGGCUGAGAAAUCCCGACUGCAGUGGGAGCGACGACCUAAAGGACGUCGAGCCGAGUUCGACAGUCUCGUCCUGGGCGAUGGUCAUCCCAAGGGAGAGAUUGGCUUCGGUUGGACCUGUGACUGGCAGAGGCUCGUCGACGGCCCACCAAAGGAUCAAACCAGCCAGGAUGCUGUUAAGAAGGAUGCCGAUACCACCGAUUCUACCAUUCCACCCUCCAACAUCCACACCAUCCGCUAUCCACCCAGUGAAACAAACCUGCUUCUCACCAAACUCAGCAAAUCCCCCGUUGAUCCCUCUGCCCUCGCUACAAUCCACCUCACCCUCUCCAGCCGCGGCACUCCUUCCCCCUAUGCGCGCAUCUAUCGCCUUCCGACGAACCCCAUCCUACGACAAAAGUGGAUAGACCUUGUUUCUCCAUCAUACAAAAAGACCAAUGAACGGAAAGGCACCCACCAAAAGAAAUCCACUCUUUCUAGUGAGGAAGCGCAGCGCCAACUCGCUGAAGCAUUGGUCGCUACUGCGAUCCCUGAAGACCCUGGAUCCGAACAUCUGAAGAUCCCUACCGAAGACGAUCUCAUCGGCUUUGUGACUGCUGGAAACUUUAAUCUUUCCGAGGGUAAGGGUACGGGUGUUGGAUCGAUUCUACUAUCAAAGGUUUUGCUACCUAAUGUCAAACCAUCCGAGAGGAGGAUGUGUAUCGUCCGGACAGCGGGUGAGAAGAUUGGACGAUUGGGAGUGUGGGAGCUUGUCUGA